AUGCGAUUUACUACAGGACAAUUUAUGAACGCUGUCUUGUGGUUUUUAUGGAUCUUUCUUCUGGCGAGUGGAUCGUUGAGUUCAGUCGCAGCUACUGAAGAGAAUGAAUUCGCAGAGUUUGAGGUUGGCAUCGAAUCACUUGGAAUAUGUAUAUUUUGUCGUUUUGACGCGUUCGGUGAGGACACGUUCAUCUUGAUCAAAUUACACGGUUAAACCGACCCUAAAGAUAUCGAAAAGUUGUUUUUUUUUUUUGAUAAUUAUCUCAGCAAAAACUGCGUUAUUCCAUGCUUUUUCAGGAAGACGAAGCUGUUAUUGAGAAUGUAGAAGCUCCUACGACACAAAAAGUGCUAGAACGCAUGGAAAAGCCAAAGGAGAAGGGGCAGGUACCAUUUCUCAUUUAAAAUCGAGCGACGUUCAUUUUUAUAAAAGCCGACUGGAGAUUUUGACGACGAUGAUUUUGGCAUUGUUGACGAAGAACAUGAAGACUCGGAAAAUGGCAAGGAAGCGACCACCGUCGAAGAUCAAGUACCACCUCAACCUCUCAAAUUCGCGGACGUUAGUUUCAAAAGUUUUCCCGCUUUUUGCCGGAUCUAAAAAUAAAGUUUCUUGGUUAUAUAUAACUUGAAUUUCUCUGGCCUCUCACCCUUUAGUUUUAACUUCAGAGAAAAAAAAACGCGAACGUUUCAACACAUGUAAAAAUAAGCGCUGCUCUUUCAUAGGCCUUUUUAUUCAAGAUGUACCUACCAAGUUCCGUUGCGAUUGCUCAAAAACUUUUUUCAACAGGUUCCUGCCCAUUUCCGAUCCAACUGGGCGUCUUAUCAAGUAGAAGCCUUGGUGCUAGUCAUUAUCAUGUUGUACCUCGUUACAUACGUUUUGGGUCGCAAUAAGAACCAGACAAUCGCCACUGAGUGCUACGAUCACUGUAGAGAACUUCUUUCUAAACAGUUUGCUUUGGUCAGUUUUUUUUUUGAUAGAAAUUUUACGAACUGGUGGUUCAGGUGGGCGACGACGGCGUUAGUGACACCCCUGUAGGUGACUGUUUGCGUCGUGAAACCGAUUAUUCGUUUUCCGCUUGGUGUUCGGGACGUGUAGGAGUUCAUUCGCUCCUCCUACAGGUGAACUUCUUGAUCUCUCUUGAUUUGGGACCAUGUCAUCAUUUCCGAACGUGUAAUUUUCUAAAGAAACGAAAAAGCGAAAAGAAGCAGUGAGGAUUUCAUGAGUUGAUAUUUUUUUUUGAAGUUUUUAUUCCAACAAGAAAUGAUGGUAUUUUCAUAUUUCGGUAAAGCCCAAGUUUUUUUUGAAAUCGGCGAAUCCACAGCUGUCGAAUUAGACGCUCCAAAUCAAAAUUUUUCAUUUGAUGUCGUUGUUUUCAAUAGCAUUUGAGCUUUUUGGCCAUCCCCAAUUUUUUCGUCCAUUUUUUCAUUCCGGCAAAUGUAUCCUUCAGAUGAGAAUGGUCAAACGGCAAGAUCUUGUUAGCCGAGUCCUGAAUAUGUUCAAGCCGACCGAGGAUAAACUUUCACUCAAAGUUCAGCUGGACCCCAACGAGAUGGACCCCCUGGUGAUGGCUGUUGGCGAGAAGAAAGCUGUUAGCAAGCAAGUGAAGGUUUGUGGGCAGAAAAAAAGCGGCAUGGAGAGAUCCUCAGUGAGCUUAUGGGAGCACCCGCUAUAAAAAUCAGAGCUCGCCGGAAAGCUCUUGGGGAGUGUGCUGGCAAGAAAACUUGAUUUCAAAAAAGUAUCCGAGUAUUUUCUUGGUUUUCAAUAUUGCUUCCUAUUCCUUCGUCCCAAAUAGUUAGACAGUUUUUUUAACUGGAUUGUGUGCAUAUUUUGCGAUAAAAAAAUUAUUCUUAAUCCGAGUAAACAUUUUCAUUAUUGUAAGUUAAUUUCUUAUUGCAAAUAACGAUAUUUACGUUAAAAUGUGUAUUUAGGUUGAAAUGAACAUUUACAGAGUAGGUACAGCCCUGAGUUAGAAAGUUCACAAGCCUUUCGAAAACGAACAUGCUAAAAAACACUCGAUCUGACAUGAAACGCUGAGAAAAACCUCUCUUGAACAUGAGCUAACUAAAGAAAAGUAUAAAAAUUGGCAAACACUCUUCCAUUAUCUCAAUUUUCUUAUUUUCCUUUGAAGGAUAUGCUUGACUUGUCUUCGUAUGCGACAGAAAGAAAAAAUGCCAACUCCCUUUUCAAUUUACCAAACAGGUUUGAUAAAUCAAAGUUUAUUGGAAACUCCGUUUUUUUUUCAGCUUUUCCCUCUUUUCCGAGCAAUCGGAAUCGGCGUUUGCAGUUCUUGAGCCCUCUGUAGUGACUAUUUUGCGGAAACACGAACAGGCGAUCGACUUUAUCCACAUUUCGGAUCAAUACAGCGGCCAAAAGCCUCCAGAGUAUGUUUCGGUGAAGUGCGGCGAUUCCUUGGAAGCGUUGAAACCCUUCCUUUCGAUAUUUAUCUGUGAUUUGAGUUGAAAAGUUGUUUCAGUUGUUUUGCGGAAGAAUCUUUGGUGUUGAAUCAAAUAUUAACAACAAAUGGUUUUGUCGAAAGAAAAUUGACGGUUCGAAUCAAUUUUUUGAACGGAAAGGGUCGCAAUUAAAAACAUGCAAAAUUAUAAGUCAAGGAUUUUUUUAUAAUUUCAGAGGAGAAACCUAUUCAAGGCUGCCGGAAACCUGCGACCUGUUGAUAUUUUCUUUCAACAUGCAAUACUUAAAGGACCAAGAGACCGUUGAACAACUUCUCACCCUUGUGUUCUACUUAGUCGACAAAGUUCCAACUCUAAAAAUUUUUGUUUGUCAUAUUUUUUCUCAGGUCCGAAAGCUACGAUUAAGCAAGGAGGCUAAAUUGAAAGCUGACAGGAAGCGAAAAGAAUUUGAGGAGAAUUUCGUGCGCACCACUCACCAAUUCAGACAAGAAGCUGCACAGGUAUUUUCGCAACUUUUUUUUUUGCAAGUUUUGUAUGAUGUAGAAAACUUUAGGCUCGACGUGAAGAAAAGACGCGGGAACGAAAGCAGCGUCUAUUGGAGGAAGAGGACCCCGAAAAGCAACGACGCCUCGAGGUAGUGCUGAUGUCUUGCCGGAUAAGGCAAAAAAAAAAUUUUCUUUUUUUCAGUCUCUCACGUCAUGAAUGUUGUGUAGAAUUUGUAAACACUCUUUUUUUUACAGGCGAAAGAACUCAAGCGGGAAGCUAAAUCGAAACAGCCCAAAAUGAAGCAGCUCAAAAUGAAGUGA